CGAAGGACGACGUGAAAUAACCGGAACACUCCGUCUAUUACUGGUGAACUCAAGUUAUAUCACCAUGCCGCCACGAUCUACUCGUGCUGCUGCAACAAAACCAGCCGUGAACGGCACCUCCACCACCGAAGCUGCUCCACGCAGCAGGAGCAGAGGGGCCAAGCGCUCAUCCUCUCCUAUCGCUGAGAAGGAGGCUCCUCCGCCUAGUAAACGCUCUCGAACCGCGAAGAAGGAGGUAGAGAGCAAACCCGAAAAGCCUGUGGCGCGCGCCAACAGCAGAAAGAAAGUCGCUGCCAACACCGCUACCAAAGCGCCAGCCAAGAAGGCCGCAACUGUCAAAGUCAGUGCCGGAAAGGUAUCACGCAGAACUGAAUCGCAUCCUAUCAAUGGACUCCCUGCCGUACCGGAGCACACGCGACCGGCGCCGAUCCUUUUCGGUUGGGGUGCGGGCAAUUUCGGUCAGCUAGGCAUGGGUAGCGAACUCCUGGGCGACUACGACAAGCCGAAGAAGAAUCCGUGGGUAACGGAGAAAGUUGAGGAUGGUGCAUUCGGUUCUGAGGACGCCGGUUUGGAAACUAUCGCUGCUGGGGGCAUGCAUACUCUCUUAGUGGACGAGAGGGGGACUGUUUGGACAUGUGGCGUCAAUGACGAAGGCGCACUGGGCCGGGUGACCGUCGGUGUUCCGAACCCCGACAAGGAAGGGGAGUUCUUGGACGUCGACGAGCUCACCGCCGUCCCGCAUCCAGUGCAAUCGCUGGUCGACGAAGACUUUCGCGCUGUCAGAGUCGCAGCAGGCGACAGCGUGUCCGCAGCAAUCAGUUCUACCGGAGAAUUGCGCGUCUGGGGUUCUUUCCGAGGCAACCAAGGUGCACUUGGAUUCUCCAAUGAGCAGCAGCGCCAGUUUCAACCGGCUGCUAUCUUGAAUCUGCACAAUCGCGCUGCAGACCAGCACCCCGAGAAAUUUGUCUCGGUUGCCGCUGGAAACAACCAUCUGGUAAUCCUGACCACGCAUGGGCACAUAUACACUCUUGGCGCUGGGGAGGAGGGCCAACUCGGGCGCAAGGUUAUCGAGCGUCGGAAAAUCCACGGGACAGCUCCGGAGCGCAUCAUAUUGGGUACACGGACGCGUAAAGCGGUGGUUGUUGGUGCUGGCAACAACCAUUCUUUUGCUGUCGACCAGACAGGCGACGUCUGGGCCUGGGGACUCAACACAAAAGGCCAAACCGGUACCGGUUACCGCCAUUCCGGCAUCGACGGAGAAGUUCACGUUCCGAAGCGAGUCAUUGGACUCAGCAAGGAAGAGCUCGGGGGUGAUACAGUUGUAGAGAUCGUCGGAGGCGACCAUCACACAUUGUUCCUCACCUCAAACGGGAAGGUUUAUGCUUGUGGUCGUUCCAAUGACGGUCAGCUCGGCUUGGCGGAUGACGAUCCAGCUUUCGAGGAUCGAGAGUUUGAAGAUUUUCUCCCUACGCCAGCUUUGGUGACCUUCCCUGAUGCGGAGGACCCCGUCGCCCAUAUCUCCGCAGGCACCCACAACAAUCUGGCCGUGACUGCUGGUGGCGCCCUUUACGCGUGGGGAGCACAGACGCAAGGGGAGCUUGGUGUCGGCGAGGAUGUCGAAGCUAAAACGCCGAAAGUUGUUGUUCGCAAAGAAGGCGGCUCGUGGGCUGCGAUAGUUGCAGCGUGUGGCGGUCAACAUACGUUGGCAUUGCUGAGGAAGAAGAACUAGCCCAGUCGCCUGGACAUGCUGUUUAUCUGACCGUCUUAUUGUGGGGUCUUUCACCUUAGCUGCCUAGCUGUACCAAACACGGGCCGUAGUUACCUGUCG